AACAUGUCUGCCACCGCCAGAACAAGAAGUAGUAGAAGAAGAAAGCUACAAAGAAGAAGCUGUUUACCGCUGUGUGCUGUUUUGAACGGUCAGUAAAAACAACAGUCAGAAGAAUCAACUCUGGAAAGAAAAGAUCGACGCCAUUUCAAAGCCAGGGACAAAAGCAAAUAGAAAGUAUUUUCUUUAUUUUGUAUGCUUCGAAGCCUCUUGAAAACCACCAUUUUAAACCAAACAUAACUAUUCAUUUUUCUGGAAAAAUAAAGACAGAAGCUAAAAUACAGAUGCUAAUGCUGUUCUGGAAAUUUUUGGCUUAGCAUUUCCGGGACGCAAAGGGAUUGUAUUUUUAAUUGUUUGGUUGGUUGUUUUUCUUUCUUUUUUUGCAUCAUUUAUUAAACCAGGAUAAGACAAGAAGGUAAUAUGGAGGACGGGGUUUGUUUGGAUUCGCCUUUACAAAACUGUCAGUGUUAUUAUGUGUUUAUACACUGAGUGAAUACAGUACUGUUACUAGAAAGAAACCUGAGGUGCCGUCAUAUUAAAGUCAGACCUGAAGGAGAGAAGCAAACUGCUUCUAGAAAUGAGCGACUCGGGGAAUGCAGCCAGCGGCCCGAGCUGCUCCGGCUUUAGAAGCGGGCCAGAGCGAACUGGAAGCGCCGAGCAGAGCCGAGUCUGGAGCCUGAGCUCCUCCAGUCAGCGGGGGAGGCUGCCAUCGCUCAGAACCAGGGACCUGACGCUAGGGGGAGCCUUCAGGAAGACAAAGAAGACAUGGGAGCCUAAUGUCCACGCUGUGAGAAAACUGAAAGAUGAGCUACAAACAGAAAACCCUGUGGCUCCUAAAAAGGAAAAGAGAGAAAGGGAUGCGAAGAGAAAAGAGAGCAGAGGUGGGAGGAAAGUGAGACCUCAGGUCAUCCAGUCCCACUCCAUCUUUGAACAAUGUCCUGGUGUCUCAAAUUACAGAACAGGCCGGCAUGGUGCCAGAGGCCUGCAGAGCUCCUCUGCAUCUCCUGUUUGCAGACCUAUGAAAAAAGAAGGGAAGAAUUCAACGGAGGAUGAAGAUCAUCUUCUCAGUAAAUUGCAGCGAGACGACUUCAUAGUUGAUCCAGAGUUGAGGAAUGAUGCCCACCUGAACCCCAUCGCCCUGCCUCUGUAUCAGUCCAGCAGCUUCACCAGGCGUCCCAGGCCAUCUGCCGCAACAUCAGGUCAAGACGACCUCCUGGUCUUAACAGCGCCACCCUGUGGUGCUGAUGGAAAAGCAGCCCUCUUGACUGACUGGCAGAAAUCUGAGCAGUUGUCUCUGGUAAAAAUGCUGCAGGAACUCAGUGUUUCAGGAGGAGAAGAGCUGUUCUUCAUGCAGUUUCCAGACUGUCUUCCUGGCAGACACUCUGCACCGAAAGCAGACCUUCAUCAUGGAGGAGCGACAGAGAAACCUUCAAAGACAGACACAAAGUCAGCACAGCAAGAAUCCAGGAACAUGGACGGCUCCCUUGUCCUCUCAGAAUUCCCUGAGGGAUUUUUGGGCAAGCUACAAAUCAGGAAGUCGGGAAAGGUGGAGCUAAAGCUGGGUGACAUCAUCCUGGAUGUGUCAGAAGGAGCUGCUUUUUCCUUCCUGCAGCAACUGGUGUCGGUCCGUUUGUCGGGUGGGAGAACUGGGAACAUGAUGGUGCUGGGAAACGUCCAUCACAAGCUGGUUUUGUCUCCUGACUUCCAGUCCUUGUUGAGGCAGGUGGCUGCACAGCAGCCAUGAGGCUCAUGUCUGCAAACUGUGAAUAGAUGGACUAUUGGACUAAUAUUACAGUUCAACAUUUGUUACUGAAAAAACAUUGUUUUUAUGAAGAUGACUUAUUUUUCUACUUUCACUGUGAGAAACUUUUAAACCUAUUAAAUCUAAAAAAUCUUUGAUGUUUUUGGGGCUAAUAAACGAGAUUCAUUCCAAGCUUGAGGUGAGGUCUGAAUAUCCCCUCUACAGUUAGUUCCACCACUUUCACCAGGGGUGUCAGACUCAUUUUUAUUUUGAGCCAAAUCAAAUCAAACUUUCAAAUAUCUGCAAAGUGGCAGAAUGUAUUCAUAAAACAAACCAUUUUAACUGCUAAAAUUGUAACAAGCAGAUGCAUUCUAUGAGCACUUCUUAAAAUUAAAUAACAUUGAACCAUCUUCUCAUAUUGAUGUAAUUUGGUAUUUCUCAUAGAAAAUCAGCCUAAAGUGAUCAAAUAUUUAAGCCCACAACUGUUAUCUUUAGAGCUGCAUUGUGUAACUUUUAUAAAAAAAAUAUUUUUGACAUAUUUGUUGACCAUGUUAUGACAAUAUUAUAUAAUCUGUGAAUAGCUAAAUCUCCUCUGCCUUCUCUGUGCUGUUACUGCAGUCAGAAGAAAUGCACCGCUGCUGACCAAAAGCAACCAAUCAGAGCCAGGAGGCGGGUCUUAGCGCUGUCAAUCAACUUUGCGUACUCCCUGUUCAAUAUGCUAAUGGUGAAGAAACAAUUUACUGCUACAGGAAAUCUAUGCAUCUGCCAUCAUCGGUGGCCAUGCUAACUAGCCUUAGCAUUCACAGCAGGCUCUCCUAUCAGGAAGAAGCUGUACCGUACCAGUGGGGGAGGGUACAAAAGAGUGAUUGACAGCACUAAGACCCGCCUCUUUGUCCUAAUUGGUUGUUUCUAGUUAGCACUGGGAGAAGGCAGAGGAGCUUGAUUGUAGACAGAUUAUCUGCCUCAUAGCAUACUGUCACAGGUUUCAACAAUGAAAAGAUAUACUUUCAAGUUCUGUUAUGGUGGGCCAGAUUUGUCUCCUGGUCCUUGAAUUUGACACAUACGAGAUGCACCAUGCUGGCUUCGGGUUGGACACCCUCUUUGCCUCCAGACCAGUCCUAGUUCUUUACAGUAUUUAUUCAACAAGAUGUCAGGAACAUUCCCCAGAGAUUUUGGUGUCAAUUGGCCCAUCAUUAUAAAUACCUUAAGUUAUUGUGACUAAUUAUUAAAUUCAUCGCUAAAAAGAACAAAUACCAUCAUAAAAAUUUUCAUACAGUCUUUACAUAACAUCCAUAUUACUGCCUUCAGGUGCAGCAACAAAUGUAGAAAGCAGCCAGGAUCCACCAUCUCUAGCUGAAAACUUUUUUUUAGAAAAAACAAUGGACACUGUUGGUUUUCAUUUUCUUUUUGUAACAAAUACAGAAUAUCUUAUCAAGGGUCAGUCUUUCCAGUAAUACUAUAAUUCAGAGGACUAUAAUUCAGAGGACUUGUUUUUGGACGGAGACAAUCGAUGCAGACUGAAGAGACAACAGUCUGAAAAAAAAAAAAACCUUCCAAUCUUACUAUCAGCACAUAUGCUCAUUUGAAGGAGAAAACAC